AUGCUAAGUUUAAUUGCCCAAGUCACUAGUGCCGUUGCCAAAAAGGCAGCGCACAACCCUAUUCAUUUCAUAAUCGUCCCUUCUUUCCUAGCAGCCAUCGCCUAUUUGGCCAUUGUUGAUGAAUACAUCUUGGAAGACAGCUUAUCGUUCUUGGAAGGUUCUGUUAAUACCAACACCAAGAGCUACUAUUACCCGCCAACCGACUCGACCGCCUCAACUGAUGACUGGAUUCAAAUACAAGAUGUUAACCAAUAUCCUGACGCCAAACGUUACUAUGUUGUCCCUACAAAAUUCAAGCCGGUUCUCAAUCAUGAACUCCCUCACUUGAAUCAUACCAUUGCUGGUCCUUCCGUGUUUGAACCAAUCAUUGUAUCAGAAACCGCUCCAGAAAGCGUUGAGACUCUUGUUGAAGACGGUAUUACUUGGAAACUUGGUCCGUUUAAUAGAAUCAGUAAAUACUAUGAUUAUUUCACUCAUGCAUUAGCCAAUAUCCAGGACUCAAUUCAAAAGGCUGAUAACUUUGAUAUUGUUUUAAUUAUUGUUGCCUAUUUGGCUAUGUGGUACACUCUUAUCAAGGUGUUUAUCGAUAUGAGACAAUUUGGUUCCCAGUUUUGGUUGGCAUUUUCUACUUUAACUUCAUCAGUGUUUGCAUUCUUAUUUGGGUUAUUCACUUCCAUCUAUAUCAUUAACGCUAAGGUGUCCUUGAUGAGUCUUUCUGAAGGUAUUCCAUUCUUGGUGGCCAUUAUUGGGUUCAAGCACAAGGUUUCCAUUGCCGGUAAAGUUCUGAGAAAAUCAACUGGCUCUGAAGAAGUUUCCGAUAUUGUUGCUGAAGCCAUCUCAUCCCAUACUUUGAGUAUGCUUCGUGAUCAUGUUGUUGUCAUUGGAGCUCUUUUCUCGUGUGCUGCUUAUGCUCACCGCGUCACUAGAUUGAGAAAUUUCUGUAUUCUUAGUGGAUUGAUUCUUACUUUUGAUUUGAUCUUGGUGUAUACCAUGUUCCCAGCUAUUCUUGGAUUGAAGGUUGAAAUUAAACGUGCUCGUCGUACUGAAGCCAUCCAAGAAGCUUUAGAAGAAGAAGGUAUUUCCCAUGUCCUUGCUGCACAAGUUGCUGAGCAAUCUGCUACUUUGGAACAUCCUACUGAAUCCACACCGUUUUUCUCGAGCAGUUCAUCAAUCUUGUCCGCUAAAGUGGCCAUGACCAUUGGUCUUUUCGCCUUUCAUGUGUUCUGGUUGGGUAGUUCUUGGCUUUAUUCCAAGGAUGACACUGAAAGUCUCACCAGUAUGCUUUCAUUCAAGUCCCAGACCGAAAUCGCUCCAUUGACUCAAUUGCUCACCAACCAAGUUAAAGUUGAUCCUCAAGGUACAAUCAUCACUAUAUUUCCUACCCAAUACUAUCACCCUGUGGGAUUCCUCGUCAAGGUGGAAGAUGUUAUUACCAUUGCCUGGGAAAAGUUCAAUGAUGCUAUUCAAGACUCGAUUCUUUCCAAGUUUAUCAUUUUUGGAUUGGCAAUUUCUGUGGUUAUCAAUAUGUACUUUUUGAAUGCUGCUAGAUAUCAAGUCAAUGCCACCAAGAUUUUGAUUGAAAAGAAGGAAAAAGUCACCAUUGAAAAGAAUCAAGCAGAACAACAACUUGCCCAAGCGCAACAAAAGAAGAUUUAUGAAUCUGACGACGAAUCUGAAGAAAGUGUUACUCCUAGAGAACCACUCCCUCUUGACCAAUGUAUUGAAAUCAUGAAGACUGGUAACACCAAGACUCUUACCAAUUCCGAAGUAACUAACUUAGUUGUGAAUGGGAAAUUACCAUUGUAUGCUUUGGAAAAACAAUUGGGUGACAAUACUCGUGCCGUGGUUGUGCGUCGUUCUGCCAUUGCCAAGAUUGCUGAUGUCCCUGUUCUUGACACUAAUCGUCUCCCAUGGAAGCAUUAUGAUUAUGAUCGUGUGUUUGGUGCUUGUUGUGAAAAUGUCAUUGGGUACAUGCCCUUACCUGUUGGUGUUGCCGGUCCGCUUUUAGUCGACGGCAAGCCAUACCAAAUCCCCAUGGCCACUACUGAAGGAUGUCUUGUUGCUUCUGCCAUGAGAGGGUGUAAGGCCAUUAAUGCCGGUGGAGGUGUGCAAACUGUUUUAACUAAAGAUGGUAUGACUAGAGGUCCGUGUGUUAGAUUCCCUACUUUGGCCCGUGCCGGUGCUGCAAAAUUGUGGAUUGAUUCAGAAGAAGGUCAAAGAACGGUUAAGAAGGCUUUUAAUUCUACGUCGAGAUUUGCCAGAUUGCAACAUAUUCAAACAGCCCUUGCUGGUACUUUAUUGUUCAUCCGUUUUAGAACCACUACUGGUGAUGCCAUGGGUAUGAAUAUGAUUUCCAAGGGGGUUGAAUAUUCGCUUAAAUACAUGGUUGAGCAAUGUGGUUGGGAAGACAUGGAGGUUAUUUCUGUUUCCGGUAACUACUGUAUUGAUAAGAAGCCGGCAGCCAUCAAUUGGAUUGAAGGUAGAGGUAAGUCUAUUGUUGCUGAAGCAAGAAUUCCUAAGGAUGUUGUUGCCAAGGUGUUGAAGUCCGAUGUUGACGCGCUUGUUGAGUUGAAUGUUGCCAAGAAUCUUGUCGGGUCAGCCAUGGCUGGGUCUGUUGGUGGGUUUAAUGCCCAUGCUGCCAACAUGGUGACCGCCAUAUACUUGGCCUGUGGUCAAGACCCUGCGCAAAAUGUCGAAUCAUCAAACUGUAUUACAUUAAUGGAUAAGGAUAAGGUUACUGGAGACUUGAACAUCUCGGUGUCCAUGCCUAGUAUUGAAGUGGGUACCAUUGGUGGAGGGACAAUUUUAGAACCACAGGGUGCCAUGUUGGAAUUAUUAGGUGUUAGAGGUCCUCACCCUACCAAUCCUGGUGAUAAUGCUAGACAAUUGGCCAAGAUUGUGGCGUCGGCUGUGUUAGCGGCUGAAUUGUCUUUGUGUUCGGCCUUGGCUGCUGGUCAUUUGGUCCUGGCUCAUAUGCAACAUAAUAGAAAUACCCCUGCUGCUGUGCCAGCUGCUGCUCCAGUUGCUGCUGCACCAGUUGUGAAUGGUAAUGGGUCUCCUGUGGAUAUAAAACGUCUUCAAGAGGGGUCGAUAACGUGCAUAAAAUCAUAA